GCUUCGAACAACGCAAGCUCGGAUUCAAGCCGUGUAGAAGUCACCCUCCCGGCGAAGCUAGUUCAUGCCCGGCGCACCACCUCACCUCCGAUCGUGUUCUUCCGUCCCUCUCCCCCCUCCCCUCCCUCUCUGUCUCUCUUUCUGUCCCUCUCUAUCCCUUUCGUCCUCGUGAACAGGAGACACAGCAAUCGGGCAAGAUGAGCGACCAGGAGGAUUUGGAUUAUUACAUCAUGUUCCCGUCGUUUCCGCCAUCCCCGAAGGACCCGACGUUGACCGCGGGACAGGAUCAGCGGGAGGAAUUCGUGUUCGUGUACGAGGAGGACAAGCGGCCGGUCGUGAUCCUGCUAGGAUGGGCCGGCUGUCAGGACCGAUACUUGGCUAAAUACAGCGCGAUCUAUGAAGAGAAGAGUUGCAUUACACUGCGUUACACGGCGCCGGUAGAAUGCCUGUUCUGGCGGCGGGACAAGAUGCCUUACAUCGGCAAGCGACUGCUACAAGUGAUCACCGAUAAGCAAUUGGAUGAGCACCCGAUAUUUUUCCACGUCUUUAGUAACGGUGGCGCGUUCCUGUAUCAGCAUAUCAGCCUUGCAAUGCAGAGAGCUAAUACGCCGUUCAAGGUCAGGGGAGUAAUAUUCGAUAGCGCGCCCGGUGAAAGAAGACUAACGGCGCUUUUCAAAGCAAUCAGCGCGAUUAUCGGUGGUCAUCCCCUCACGAACCUGCCAAUGUCACUCGUCAUCACGUUCUUCCUCUCUGUACUCUGGUUCUUCGAGGUAAUUGCGCAGGCUUUCAGCAGAACACCUAUUCAAACGAACCCGAUCGCCCUCGCCGAGGAAGCCUAUUCUUGGCCUCAGCUGUUCCUGUACUCUAACAGCGACACUCUGAUUCCGGCGUCUGAUGUCGAGAAGUUUGCUAGCCGGCGGGCCGAGCGGGGUGUGCGGGUGCAGUUGGUCCUAUUCACCAAUUCGCCGCAUGUCAAGCAUUACACAACUUAUCGCGACGUCUACGUGAACACAGUGUGCAGUUUUAUUCACGAAUGCUUGACCUCGCCGAGCCCAUCGAGGAGCUUGAUGUCUUUGGAUCGCGGUGACGAUCACGGUUCGCAAAGCUAUGACGCACAACCGGGUCUUACCAAACGCGUUGUGUUACCUCAGGAGGGUAGCAAACAGCAGAAUUAAUAUAAAAAUAAUUUAAAAGAUGCUAAUAAAUAGAAUAGAAUCCCUUGCUGGAGGAUCGCGCUGGAAGCGAGUGUGCGCGAUGUCGCGGUUGCAGGCGUAAAGCGAGAGAAAGAGAGAAUCGAUGAUCAAUUAUCACGUCUACAUUUUAUAGACGAAAAAGUCCACGAA